AUGUACGGACUCAUUUGCACCCACUCUUUACUACAUUUGUUGAAGAUGGCGAGUGGACAGCUGUCGAGGGCUGAGGCGUUGGCGUGCACAGGCUGCAGACAUGCGUGUCAUGUGAUGCUCUACUCUGACACCAAGAGUCAGCUGUUCAGGCACAUUCCCAUCAGACACAUUAUAUUAAUGCAGAUGCGCUUUGAUGGAUGGCUGGGUUUCCCCGGAGGUUUAGUAAAUCUAUCAGAAGAAAGCCUGGAAGAGGGUUUAAGCAGAGAGCUUCUGGAGGAGAUUGGAGCGGCUGUUCCCAUCUCUGUGGAGAACCAUGUGGAGUCCUGCUAUGGUCCUUCAUCCUCCUCUUCCUCUGAUCUGAUCUUACACUUCUACGCCAAAAAGUUGGAGGAAGAACAGAUUCUCGACAUAGAGCGCUCAGCAGUAUCCACAGCUGUAGACCAUGGACAUGAGGUGCUGGGAAUGGUUCGAGUCCCCCUUUACCAAAUGAAAGACGGAGGAGGUCUCUCAUCUUUUCUCUGUCACUCAUUCAUCAAGAACGCUCGGCUGCAGCUGGUGGACGGUCUUCUCCGCUUUGGUCUCAUCUCGGCUGAAGAGUUACACACAGCUCUCGGUCUCUCUGUGGAGACGCACAAACACACCGCUCAGGACCUUCACUCAGCGUUGGUUCUCACACAGCAGAAACUCAGCUGA